CUGCACCAUACGCAUUGCAAAGCCAUCGCGAGUCCCUCCCUACCCUCUACACUCUGCGCCGCCGCCGCACGCGGUAGAUCGGUUUCUCCAAAGCUUCACCUCUCCACGGGCGCUGGCGCGGCUGUGCUGCGGCCUCUCGGCCCGGGACGACGUUGCAGAUGGAAGGGAAGGACGCCACGCUCGCCCUGCCGGAGCUGCUGAAGGAGGAGGUGCAGUCGCCGCCGCUGUCACCGCUGUCGCCGCGCAGCAGCGACGACGAUGAGACCGAGGCUGAUGACAGCGACGGCGAGGAAGAGGAAGGCGGGGCUCCUGUUGGGACCAGCGGUGCCGUAGUCAGCGGGCCUCCGAUGAAGAAGGGGCCGUGGACGUCCGAUGAGGACCAGCGCCUGAGGACCUACGUGGAGGCGCAUGGCGAGGGCAACUGGAACCAGGUCCAGAGGAACGCCGGGCUGAACCGGUGCGGCAAGAGCUGCCGCCUUCGCUGGGCGAACCACCUCAGGCCCAACCUCAAGAAGGGUCCCUUCUCCAAGGAGGAGGAGCAGAAGAUUAUCGAGCUUCAUGCGCUGCACGGGAACAAGUGGGCUAAGAUGGCGUCCGUUUUAGAAGGCCGCACGGAUAAUGAAAUUAAGAAUUUUUGGAACACAAGAACAAAGAGGCUCCAGAAAGCUGGUCUAGGCCUUUAUCCAGAUGGUUUAUUAUCUCGGUUGGCAAAUCAAGAGAUGGGUUCUCAUAGUCCUGAUGAUUCACGUGGGAAGAAACGACAAAAUGAACUCUCACAGGGAAAUGGUCUUGAAUUUGAUGAUAUUAUAUUUGAGAAAUUAGACUAUAAAAAGCAGUCAGACAAUUUCCUUACACCAAAUUUUACAAUUCAAGAUUCCCUUCCAAUGAAUGACAUUAACUACCCUUUGAAGCGGCAUGCAUCUUCUGGCAUAGUAUCAGACUACGGUGGCAGUCCUAAGUGUGGACAAUUUUCUAAUGAGAUUGAGGAGGCUUCUUACAAUGAUCUCAACUCCGAAAUGUCAAUUGUUUCUUUUAAUAAUGUCAUUUCCAAUAGCAUACAAUUAUUAGAUGACAAUUUCCCUAUUUCCGGGAAGAUAUUGCCCAUUAAAAUGGAGCUCCCUUCAUUCCAAUAUGUCGCUUAUGAUACAAGCACCAACUUGUUGUGUCCUUCAUCAACUCUUCCUGAACAGGUACAUGGAUUUGGGGUCCCUACCCAGUUCGAAGGAGAGUUUGACUCAGAACUGUCAUUUCCAUAUGGUUACCAUUUUAUUCCGUCCUCUUCAAUCUUUGAUGACAAUACCCUUGAGUACAGUUCUUUUAAUGAACUUAGAACCUACAAAUCACCUACUGACUUGGAUGCUAUUUUCAUGGACAACAAACAUAAUGCAGAUAUAUUACAUGAUAAAUAUUUUUGCUCAGAUCCUUGCGCGACAGAUGUGUCAGCAGAAGCAAGAUUUUUGAAUGAAGAUUCAACACACUCAGAGUAUCAACCCAACAAUGGUCCACUUAAUGCAUUACUUUAUGGAAAUUUUUGUAAUGAUGUUACAUUAUCAGUCAGGGAUGAUGGCCAUCAGACUCUGCUUUCCAGUAAUGGCGUACCCAAUACACACCACUUGCCUGGAUAUUAAUAUGAUGACGAUGGCAAAUAUUAAACUCUACAGCAAUCAUCAUUUUCAGGAUGACAUCUGGGACAUGACGAUGAUGAUGACUUCAGUUUAUGCAGUCCUAGUCUCCCGAUUUUAUCCCAAGAAGCAUUAUUCAUGAAGCAAAAUUACAUUUGAUUUUUUUUGUCGUUGAAUUGAGAAUGUUUUAUGUGAACCCAUUCCAUUCAUUCAUAUUGUGAAAGAAUUUUAUAUUCAAUAUAUUGAGUUGCUCCUUAGUGUUAAUUGAUUGCUUUUGUCCUAUCAUAUUAUGAAAAUGAAAAAUGGUUCCAUCUCUGAACUGUAUUAUCAAAUAUCAUUAUAUGAUAUCAACAAAUUUCAACCAUGAAAUUUCUCUUUGCUGUGU